ACCAAGUGAAAUUGGAUUUUUGGCUUGCGAGCAAGCUUAGACAGAACUAAUCCGAGACGAUCCGCCCGAACAAUAGAAGAAUAGUGGCCAACUAUUCUUGUGAACCGUACAACAACCCUAACGUCGAAACGCGCCGCCGCUGGUUUCCCGCGCGGAACAAUAGUGCGACUAUCCCAUCAAAAGCAGUGCUUUCUGUGGUGUCCGCAACCCGCGCCGCUUAUGCCGCCGCUUUCGUCGCAUCAACGGCCAUGGCUGCUGCUAUGGUGCAUUGUGCUGCUAGUAUGCUGGCAGCCGCCUUCCAUGAAUCUUCCCCCCAGCAACCACCUGCAGCUGCCGCUGUAUCAGCACCAGCUGCGCAAUUACGAGGGGACCGGCGUGAAACGCGGGGAGAGGAGUUGGGGCGGUGGGGGCGCCGCGCGGCCGAUCAUCCUGACGGCUCAUGCGGCGCCGAUUGCGGCGACGGACAACUUCGCGACGCCGUGCAGUGAAGAAUCCACAAUAUUCGAGCGGUGGAGCGACCCGGCGACGUGGGGGGGCGGGCCUAUUCCGGGGCAGGGCGAGCAGGCGGGCGCGAAUGUGACUAUCCCAUGCGGCAAGACUGUGCUGCUCGACAUGUCGCCCGUCGUGCUCACUCUCCUGCACAUACAGGGCGUCCUCAUGGUCCAGGACGGCCCGUCUCUCCCUCUAGUGCAGCUCAACGCGUCCUUCGUGCUGCUGCAGGGCCGCCUGGCCAUCGGCGCGCAGCAGCAGCACUUCUCGCAGCGGGCUGUGAUCGCGCUCACUCCCAACCCCAAUGCGCGCGCGCCGCUACUCUUCUCCUCCGCCGCGCCCGCGGACGAGAGGAAUCCGCGCAACCUUGGGCACAAGGCGCUCGCAGUGAUAGGAGGCCAGUUGGACCUCCACGGAAUGCCGGGGGGGGCCUCCACCCCCUCCUGGUGCCAGCUGGCAAGAACCGCGCCAGCUGGCACCGCGUCGCUGCUGGUGGACGCUGACGUGUCAGCGUGGCCGGUGGGGGGCUUGAUAGCGGUGUCGUCCACUGACUACAACGCAGAGCAGGCAGAGGAGCUGAGCAUCACCGCAGUUACCACCUUCCCCAAUGGCACCUCCCUCCUCACUCUCUCCCGCCCGCUCUCCUACUCCCACUUCGGGGACCCCCUGGGCGUGCCGGACGGGUUUGGGGGCUACAUAAACGAGCGGGCGGAGGUGGCGCUACUGUCACGCACCGUUACAAUCACAUCAACGCCAGAAGCCAGCCCCUACGAGAAGGAGGGGGGCCACGUGUCGGUGUAUUUCACGCAGAGGGCGCAGGUGGUGGAGGGGGUGGAGUUCAGUGGGUUGGGGCAGGAGGGGCUGGAGGGGCGGUUUCCUUUGCAUUAUCUGUUUCAUGGGAAGCAGCAGGAGGGAGGGGGAGGAGGGGAAGUGAGUGUCUGCAGGAAGAACUCGUUUCACCACACCAAGAAUCGCUGUGUAGUGCUGACGGCGACGAGCGGCAUGACGGUGGACGGCAACGUGGCGUAUGACACGCGUGGGCACUGCUUCGUGCUGUCGUCCGGCAGCGAGACCCGCAACACGCUCUGCAACAACCUGGGCUUCCUCACCAGGCGAGCGUCCAAGGACGUGUCGGGCAUGCAUGACACGGGCAACCCCGCCACGUUCCUUCUCACCAACCCGGACAACGACUUUGUCAACAACACUGCCGCCGGCUCACAGGCCGCAGGAGUGUGGUACUACCUGCGGUGGGGAGUGUCCGGUCUGCCCGCCACCAUCCCCUCGCUCUACAACCUGUUGCCAUUCUUCACCCCCUGGGGCACUGUUUCCGGAUGCACCUUCCACUCCAACGGCCUCUGGGGCCUGCAGGCGUACCCCAUGGGCGCAUACCCCCGCCAGGGCGCCUUCAGAAACUUCUCCUCGGAAAACCCCUUCAGCGUGCAGUGGAUGAAGCCCAUCGAGCGCGUGCUCUUCUCCCGCCUCACCUUCUACAAACACCAAGGCAGCGCCACGCUGAUGGACACCUUUGACGCGUUCACCAUGCGCGACUCCGUCUUCGCGGACAACCAGUGGGCGCUCUACCUCGCAGAGACACAGCAUGCCGUGGUCGAUGGCUGCCGCUUCGUGGGGCUCUCCAACAACUACGGCGCGCCACAGGGGUGCACGAGUGCGCAGCCCUGGGACUGCGCUCCCAUCACCGGCUGCAAACUACCUCUAACCAGCGACCAGCUGGGCAGGUCCACAGGCGGCAACCGCUUCCCCUUCCCUCUCUUCGGAAUCGUGUACGACCAGCGCAACUUCACUGAGCUGGGGGACACUGCUGCGCUCGUCGCCAAUACCACGUUUUUCAACUACGAUGCCACGUGCCGCAUUGCUGCGGGGUUCGCCCUGGGUCUAUCCCCCUUGUACAAGGACUACUUCAACGCCGGCCAGGCUGUCAAGAAUGUGAGCUUCAAGGCGGCCAAUCGCAUGUGGAUACCCGGAGAUACCUUCCCCUUCCUCGGCGGGUCCACCAUAGCAACGGGAGCAGCCUCCCCAUUCCUCAUGCUGCAUGACAUAGACGGGUCCCUCACUGGCACGGCCCCCGGGUCCGUAAAGGAGGGCGGGUACGCCAUAGCCAACGUCUCCUUCCUGCUGCCACCCGCCAAGCUCAAGGGCGCGCCUGUGUGCUCGCCGCGGCCGCAGUGGAAUGGGUACGCGUGCCCAAAGGCGUGCUACCGGUCCGUGGCAAUCUCGUACUUUGAGCCGGGGUUCUCGCCUAUUAAUGACUCGCCGGACGCCCGGAAGAGAGGCACCUUCAGCUACCUGGAGAUCGUACGAGUGGAGGACAAGGCGUCCUUCUUCCUGGACGGCAAUCUCAACGUGCGCUACAUGAACGUGCACGACACCACGCUCCGAUACUUCUACCCCAACCUCCUCGCAGGCAUGACGUACGAGAUCACCAUCCGCUCCCCCAACGGUUCUUCCUGGACUCCUUCGUACAUCACCGCUGCGUUCCAAGAUGGGGGCAGCUGCGGGCAGGGUCUCACGCUCAGGGUGCUGCCGCUGGGGCAAGGGGGGGCGGGGCCGCAGCGACAGCUGCUAGUGGGCAAGGAAUCGACCUCCGUGGGGGCCAUGCCCAUACCAGGCAACCCCAUCCCUUCCACCAAGGCGCUCUACAGCUUUGUGUGUGCCGCCACUGCACCCGUGCCUGCCCUCUCGCUCACAAUGGGUGGAAACUUCUCCGAUAUCGCCUAUCUGAUUCCUGUAGCUGACACUGCUGCUGCUUCGUCCUGCACGUCCACGUUCAUGUCGUCCCAGCAGCGCAGCAUCCUGUUCGCCGGCAGCGACUGGCUGUACGACGACUCGGGUCUCGACCUCUCCCCACCCUAUCCCGGCGCGCGCGGCUUCUCCUCUCCCACACCGCUGCUCGCCCCGCCCGUCACAACCGUCCCUAAGAAGAAGGCCCCUGUUGUGCUGCGGUCCAUAGACCCGCCUGGGGCGUGGCGCCCUGGGAAGGGCCCGUUCGGGUGGUAUGCUAACUGGAACCAUCCUGCCAUCGCAACCCUUCUCUCCCCGGUGUCCCCUUCCCGCGUGGUCUACUAUUUCCGCACCAACUUCACCGUCACCAACACCAAGUGCUACUCCGUGCUCCGUGUUGACCUGCUGCUCAGCGACGGAGCCGUGGUGUACAUCAAUGGAGUGGAGGCGAUCAGAACCAACAUGCCUGCAGGAGCCCUCACCAAUUCCACUCUGGCGCUGUCAAACCUCGAGCCCCUCACCAAGGACCCUAUCCCCUACACGUCCUUCACCGUGCCGCUCGCCACCACCACUGUGGGCCCUGCAGCAGCACCGGCGGGUGCAGUGGCGCUGGUGGAGGGGGUGAACUUCAUGGCCGUGCAGGUGCACGCCUUCCAGAACUACGCGUGGGAGGUGGCAUUCGACAUGCGCAUCUACGCACAGCAGCCUGACCCUAAAUGCAAGGGCAAGGCAGCACGGCCAGAGACAUGCGACGGGCUUGACAACGAUGGCGAUGGCAAGGUGGACAUUGGUCCGACCAAGAAGCCCAUCUCGGUGCCCUGCUCUACCGCCUGUGGCGUCGGCACCAUGCUCUGCGUGGACGGCGCUCUCACCCCUUGCUCUGCUCGCCAACCCGCCGCAGAGAGCUGCAAUGGCCUGGACGAUGACUGUGAUGGGCUGGUGGACAACGCAGUGGGCGCGUCUCCGUGCGGCGAGGGCGCGGCGUGCUUCAAUGGAUCGUGCAGGAGCGUGGUGCUGCACGUGGGGGCCUCCGUGGUGGUGAAAGGGGGUGAGGGCGACUGGCUGUUCGCGGACCAGGGCACGAACCUGGGGUCGUCAUAUCCGAACUGGAAGACCAAUGCCGGUCUUCCUUCCGGCCUCAUGAAGGCAGGCAAGGCCCCUUUUGGCUUCAACAGCGACAGCGCCGCUGCUGCUACCUAUGCUGGGUUCACCACCCCCCUGGCUAACUCCGCUGGCAAGUACUGGACCAUGUACUUCGUCAAGGCCUUCAACCUCUCUGCCACGCAGGCUGCCAGCACCUACAGCUAUGACGUGAGUGUGCGGCGGGACGACGGCGCCGUGGUGUACCUGAACGGCAACGAGAUGUUCCGCACCAACAUGCCCUCAGGGACCAUCGCAGACGGCACGGUGGCGUCGGGAGUCACGCAGACGGACCCGGGCAACGGCAACAACAAGCAGUCGUUCUACACGUGCGGGGAGAGCUGCUACGGACGGAACAUGACCGGAUGGAGCAAGCCUGGCAUCAACUGGGUAGCAGCGGAGCUCCACCAGGCGUACCUCUGGUCCUCCGACUCCGCCUUUGACCUCUCCCUCUCCCGCCUUGGCGUCAACGACUGCCCCGCCUCCAAUUCCUCCUCGCCCUCUCCUCUCGCGUCCCCCUGCAUCCGCUCCACAUACCGGGCACUGCUCCCGGAGGGAACGGUGUGGCGCAUCAACGAUGCGGCCAUAAGUGUGCCCCCCACCGGAUGGCACCUGCCCGCCUUCGAUGACUCUGCCUGGCCCUCAGGCCCCGGAGUGGUGGGGUCAGGGGGGUGGUGGAACAUCAGCAAGUCCCUGACCAAAGCAGCCUCGGGAUCGGCGCGCCGAGCCUACUACUUCCGCACGGCGUUCACGGUGCCUGACGGGCCGUGCUUCUUCAACCUCACCCUCUGGCUGCUCGUCAACGACGGCGCCGUGGUAUAUAUCAAUGGAGCGGAGGCCGUACGGCGAAACGUCCCCAAGGGCGCUGACUCUACCACCCCCGCGAGCUCCUGGGGUAACUGGAUUUAUAACCCGUAUAACGUCAACGGGCAAUGGCUGAAGCCCGCAGGCGUGCCGAAUGUGGUGGCUGUGGAGGUGCAUCUGUGGCAGCCCAGCCAGGAUCUGUUCUUUGCGCUGCAGAUGGCGGGGCAAAGAGAGGCUGUCACCUGCAAACCUGCUCCAUAGAAAUGGGUUGCUAGUUGCAACAGCUGAUGGCCGCUGUUUUGUAUUGUAAACAAAAGCUGACUUGUAUAAUAUUCCUUGGUUUGUUUGUACGGUAGUAGUCCGAGUCAUAAAGUCACCAAUCCUAA